CUGAUAUCCGUGUGCCUCGCGACGACACACUGUUGUGAUAUAAUUCCCGGGCCUUGUCACGGUUACAAUGGCGCACGUCGGAUUGACUUUGGCGAUGAUGUUGUCCGACGUCACUGCAGCUACAACGACCGCGGUCGUCGGCGGCGCUGAGGAUCAAAAAUACCGUGAUGGGGCCGAGUUUAACAGUAACCUGGCCUCUGAUCGCUCCGUAAAUGACAUGUCACCGUUCAGGUUCUUACGCCGAGCCAAUACCCUCGCACAGAUUACUCGCACUCUUUGGCAAGCGAUUCGCCCAGCAAUUUAUGAGUUUCUCCGCCAGCUGGGUCGAUAAUUUGGUCUUCUCGAUGGCUCCCUUGGGUAUCAUCACCACCAUUGUUGG